AUGGCGACGAACAGCCAUUUUACGGCGAUUUUUCCGAUCCUCGACGGAAGAAAUUACGAUCAGUGGAGUAGGAAGAUGAAGGCGAUCCUCGGCUAUCAGGAUGUGUGGGAUCUAGUGCAGAACGGAUUAAUUCCGUUGCCGGAGAACGCAAACGCUGCGCAACAAACAGUUUACAGAGAAUCGAAGAAGAAGGAUUGGAAAGGUCUCUGCAUCCUCCAUCAGUGUGUGAAUCCUGCAAUUUUUGAGAAAAUUGCGAGAUCGGAGACGAGUAAAAAAGCGUGGGAUAUUCUUGCGAAUUCCUACGCCGAUGAUCAGAAAUUGAAGAAGGUGCGACUUCAAACCCUACGAAGACAAUAUGAAUUGCUAGGGAUGGAGGAGAGUGAAUCAAUUGCUACUACAGUAGCAAUAAUGAACAAGGAAAUAAUCAUACUGAAAAUUAUAGAGGAAGAGGAGGUAGAGGUUUUAGAGGAAGAGGGAGAAAAUUUGAUAAGAGUUAUAUACAGUGUUAUAACUGUGGGAGAUAUGGACAUUUUGCUGAUGAGUGCUACAGCAAUGUCAAUGGAAAUGAUGCUAAAAUGGCUGAAGAAGAGGAGGAGACAGAGGAAACUCUGUUAA